AUGAACAACCUUGAAAAGCCAGAGAUUGCGUCGAUACAAUUGCGGAGUUUGAAGGUAAUUUCCGCCCUUGGCCGCGGAGCUAAAGGAGUGGUGUUUUUGGUUCAGACAGAAGACGGUGAGUUGCUUGCUCUCAAAACUAUUUUGAGAGCUUCAAUUGAGAAGAACAAAGCCAGUACGAACAGCGAAUACAAACGAAUCUACCUCGAGCGUGACGUACUCAAUUCAUUUCAGCAUCCGCUUCUGCCUAAACUCAAAGGAGUUGUAUCGACGGAUAAGAUUGUUGGAUAUGCCAUUGAUUACUGUCCUGGUGGUGAUCUCAAUUCUAUUCGGAAAAAACAAACUGAAAAAAUGUUCUCAGACGAUACCAUAAGAUUCUACGCGGCGGAGUUAGUGCUGACAUUGGAGCAUCUACAUGGAUCAGGGAUUGUAUACAGAGAUUUGAAGCCAGAAAACGUGAUGAUUCAAGAGAAUGGUCAUAUAAUGCUAAUCGAUUUCGAUCUCUCUACAAAACUUCCACACAAAUCUACUCCAGAAGCCCCGCAAAUAGAAACAGCUAAACUAUCGGUACAAAUCGCGUCGAAGAGCAAAAAGAAGAACCGGUUCUCUCGCUUCAACAAACUUCGCAACUCGGAAAUCUCUCCAGACGAUUCUAUUCACUCAGCUCGACUCGCUCCUCUCGAAUUCGAUCCGGUCGAGAAAUCAAAUUCAUUCGUCGGAACCGAGGAGUAUUUGUCGCCGGAGAUCAUUUUAGGUAACGGCCAUGACUUCUCGGUAGACUGGUGGUGUUUAGGAGUAGUAUUGUACGAGAUGCUGUACGGAACGACGCCGUUUAGGGGCUCAAAUAGAAAGGAAACAUAUUAUCGUAUACUCUCCAAGGCGCCAGAUUUAGUAGGUGAGGCGACGCCAUUGAGAAACUUGAUAAACAAGUUACUCGAAAAGGAUCCGAAGCAGAGGAUCUCUGUGGAUGAAAUCAAAGGUCACGAUUUCUUCAGAUCCGUAGACUGGGAUUUGAUUGUGCAACUUCCAAGGCCACCGUUUAUUCCAGCGCCAUUUGAUGAGGAGUUGAGUAUUUUAAAAGGGAAUAAGGAAAUUGAUGUGGAGUUAUUUGUACAGGGAGUGUUCAAAGUUGAAGAGGAGGAACACGAUGAACACUGCAAAAUGAAUUCGCAAGCUAACCAUGAUGAAAUUAAUGUCACCCAAGUUGAUAAAUUUUUGGUCUUUUGAUUAAUAUUCUUACCUUGAAUACAGAUGCAACUGCAGUAUGUUGCAGCCCUUUAUCAUGUAACACAAUUCUUGAUUCCAUUAUAAGAAUUAACUAUUCAUUGUACAAAAAAAUUACUAAAUAUAGAUUUUAGUGAAUAUU